AUGGAUGACGGGCGUAAAAUCGCCAUUAUCGGCUCCAGUGGCCAGGUUGGACAACCGACAGUCAAGGCCCUGCUCGCACAAGGCAUUCACACCAUUAGUUCUGUUCAGCGAAUCGAGGCAACAAGCACAUUUCCACCCAAAGUCAUCGUCACGUCUGGUGACCUGAAGGAUGUGCCCUUUCUGACGGACGUCUUCCAAGGCCAAGACAUAGUCGUGCUCAUGCCGCCUCUUCCUCACCUCGUCAGCCUGCAAGAGCCAGCUGUUAGAGCAGUUGCCAAAGCCAAAGUUCCGUAUAUCCUACCGGCGGAAUUCGGCCCAGACCCUUCCGCAAUAAGGCUUAUAGCAGAAAACCAGCUGCUUGACAUGAACAUCAAAAGUGGACUUUGGGUUAUCGAUGUUGAGAACCACAAAGCUACGAUCUGGACUAGAGGUGUUGGCAAGGUGAGCACUUCGAGUGUUGCACAUACUGGUCAGGCUACAGCUGCAGUAUUGAGCCUCCCAGAGAAUGACUUAUGCAAGUAUAAGAACAAGGCUUUCUACGUCCCGUCUUUCCAUCUAACGCAGAAGGAGCUUCUACAAGCAGUUCAGAAAGCAGCAGGGACGACGGGUCGGGACUGGGAGGUCGACUACCAAGAUGUGAAUGAUGCACUGAAAGAUUGCAACGAGAAGAUUCAGCAGAAGGGCCGCACUGCUCCAUUUGUCAAGUUCUUUCUUACUCAUUUUCAGAAUGGGAAUGGAGGAGACUUUGAGAACAUGGUCGAUGCAAAGGAAGUGAAGAAGCUGCACGGGAUCGGGCUCCAGAAGGAGGCCAUCGAAGAUGUGCUCAAGUGCACUGUAUCAUAA